AUGCUUAUAUCAGAAACUAAUAACUUAGCAUUGAAAUCUACUACAUCUGCUGUAGAAUUGUCAAAUGACACCAACAACUUGUUAUGUGGUCAAGCACCUGAAAAUAUAUGUGGUGAUAUUUUUCAACGAAGAAUAGCAACUUUAAACGAAACAUCUGUUACUCCUCAAUCAAAUAAUAUAACUCAUUUUUUGUCCAAUAAUAUUGGUUCCUGUCGAUCUGAUGAAAAUACUAUUAAUAGUUUUAUGCAAACUACUUCUAUAGAGCAAUACAAAUUACAGCUCUAUAACUAUGCAGUCAAUAUUGAACGACUACGUAAUCCACAUUAUUCUACUACAGCAGCAAUAACUGCAGCAGCCUAUGCUAACAGAAACGCUUCUCUUGCAAAUAAUAUAUAUAGAAAUACAUAUAACCCAGGUGGACAAUUAACUUUAUCAAUAUUUCCACCAGAUAUUUUACAAUCAGAAGAACCUAAGCCGCAGCAAAGCUAUAUUGGGUUAAUUGCUAUGGCAAUACUUAACUCAUCAGAAUUGAAAUUAGUAUUGUCAGAUAUAUAUCAAUACAUUUUGAAUAACUACCCAUAUUUCCGAACACGUGGUCCUGGCUGGCGCAAUUCAAUUCGGCAUAAUCUGUCGUUAAAUGACUGCUUUAUAAAGUCAGGAAGAAGCGCAAAUGGCAAAGGACAUUACUGGUCUAUACAUCCUGCUAACGUGGAAGACUUUCGUAAAGGUGACUUUCGUCGAAGAAAAGCUCAGAGAAAAGUGAGAAAACAUAUGGGUAAGCAAAAUAAUUUAAAGAUUGAAUGCAUAUACUAA